CCCUCUCUCCUUCCCUCUCUCCUUCCCUCCCUCCUUCUCUCCCUCCUUCCCUCCCUCCCUCCCUCCCUCCCUCCCUCCCUCCCCCGCUGGCGGGGCGGUGGGCAGUGCCCGCGGGCUCCCGCCGCCGCCGCGGGUGAGGGACGGGGAGCGGCGGCAGCGAUAGCAGCAGGAGCAGGAGCAGGAGCAGCAGCAGCGUGCCCGUAGCCAUGGCUCUGCCCCUGCGCUGCCGCCGGCUGCCCCUGCUGCCGUUUCUCCUGCUGGCAGCCGGCGGGCUGCGGGCGGCGGAGCAGAGCGGCGGCGGCGGCGGCAGCAGCAGCGCCAUGGAGGAGCUGGCCACCGAGAAGGAGGCGGAGGAAAGCCACCGGCAGGACAGCGUGAGCCUCCUCACCUUCAUCCUGCUCCUCACCCUCACCAUCCUCACCAUCUGGCUCUUCAAGCACCGCCGCGUCCGUUUCCUCCAUGAGACCGGCCUGGCUAUGAUCUACGGACUCAUAGUUGGGGUGAUCUUGAGAUAUGGGACUCCCUCUAGCAGUGGCCACGACAAGCCCUUCAGCUGCUCUCAGGAGGACAGGCCAUUUACAACCCUGCUGGUCAACGUCAGUGGGAAGUUCUUUGAGUACACACUCAAAGGGGAAAUAAGCCCUGGGAAGAUCCACAACGUGGAGCAAAAUGAUAUGUUGAGAAAGGUAACAUUUGACCCAGAAGUUUUUUUCAACAUUCUGUUACCUCCAAUUAUUUUUCAUGCCGGUUAUAGCCUGAAGAAAAGACACUUUUUCAGGAAUUUGGGGUCCAUAUUGGCUUAUGCCUUUUUAGGAACAGCAGUCUCUUGUUUUAUUAUUGGGAAUCUUAUGUAUGGAGUUGUGAAACUAAUGAAGUUGGUGGGUCAGCUCUCUGGUAAAUUCUAUUAUACCGACUGCCUCCUCUUUGGUGCAAUAAUAUCUGCCACUGAUCCAGUUACUGUGCUGGCAAUAUUCAAUGAGCUGCAUGCUGAUGUUGAUCUCUAUGCCCUUCUGUUUGGGGAGAGUGUGCUGAAUGACGCCGUUGCCAUUGUUUUAUCUUCAUCUAUAGUUGCCUACCAGCCAACAGGUGAAAAUACCCAUGCUUUUGAUGCAGCAGCGUUUUUCAAGUCUGUUGGUGUUUUCCUGGGAAUAUUCAGUGGUUCUUUCAUGAUGGGGGCAGUGACGGGGGUUGUGACAGCUCUGGUAACCAAGUUUACCAAGUUGCACUGCUUCCCCCUGCUGGAAACAGCUCUCUUCUUCCUCAUGUCCUGGAGCACUUUCUUGCUGGCAGAAGCUUGUGGAUUUACUGGUGUGGUGGCUGUCCUUUUCUGUGGCAUUACCCAGGCACAUUAUACAUACAAUAACUUGUCAGUUGAAUCCAGAAGUCGUACUAAGCAGCUUUUUGAAGUACUGCACUUCCUGGCUGAGAACUUCAUAUUUUCUUAUAUGGGUUUGGCACUGUUUACUUUCCAGAAGCACAUAUUCAGCCCAGUUUUCAUCAUUGGAGCUUUUGUUGCAAUCUUUUUGGGCAGAGCUGCACACAUCUACCCCCUCUCCUGCUUGUUGAAUCUGGGCAGAAGGCAUAAGAUCAGCUGGAACUUUCAGCACAUGAUGAUGUUUUCAGGUCUCAGGGGAGCCAUGGCAUUUGCUCUGGCUAUACGAGAUACUGCUACCUACUCACAUCAAAUGAUGUUCUCAACAACCCUCCUCAUUGUCUUUUUCACUGUGUGGAUUGUCGGUGGAGGGACAACUCCCAUGCUGUCUUGGCUGAACAUCAGGGUUGGGGUUGACCCAGAUCAGGAUCCUCCACCUACUAAUGACAGCUUUCAAGUCUUACAAGGAGAUGGCCUGGAUUCUGAAAGAAAGAACAGAACAAAACAGGAAAGUGCUUGGCUCUUCAGGCUAUGGUAUAGCUUUGACCAUAAUUAUUUAAAGCCAAUUCUCACUCACAGUGGCCCCCCAUUAACCACAACUCUGCCCAGCUGGUGUGGCCUGAUAGCUCGCUGUCUGACAAGCCCACAGGUUUAUGAUAAUCAAGAGCAACUUAGAGAAGAGGAUUCUGAUUUUAUUCUGAAUGAUGGUGACCUUACUGUGACAUAUGGCGAUACAACAAUAACUGCAAAUGGUUCCUCUGGCCCCCAUACAGCCACCACCAGCCUUGACGGCAGAAGAACAAAAACUAGUUCAGAGGAAGCACUGGAAUGUGAUUUGGGAGCAGCAGAUCAUGAAGUUACAAGCAGGGGUACCCGGCUAGUAUUUCCUCUGGAAGACAAUGCAUGAAUACUGAUUCAGUAAAAAUAACUCUUGCUCUGUGGAUGGAUCAAGGAAGACUGCAGGCCACUGUGUCACUUGAGGUGGGGAUGUUUAUUUGAACAAGUUAACACGCUUAAGUGGUUUUGCUGAGGUCUGAAGAUGUCACCUAUUUUUUACUCAAGAUGCUGGCAGUGGGGUUUUCUAGAUGUCUGAAAGUAGACGAAUGAGAAAACUGGUUAUUCUCCUCUUUUCAACUGCAUAUUGAAUCCAAGUAUACCUAGCAUGCUGCAAUUGUCUUGUUCAGCUGCAGCAGCUCUCUCUUAUGAGAGGUACCUGAAAACAUUGUUAUAAAACUGAGCUUCUCGUGUCUUAGCUUGCGAAUGUGGAAGAAGAAAUAUAAGUAAGAUAAUUAUAAUGACAUAAAGAGGUGUAUGUGUAGCUGAGUGGGGAGAGAUCCAUCGUUAACUUCUUUAAUGAGGUUGAGGAAACUAAAGUCAAUUAGGACAGUAUAUGCUAGGACUACAGAGGCAUGAAUGCAGUGCUCUGGGGGAAUCUGUUACUAUGAGCUAUACUAAUGUAUUUCAGGGAAAAAAGGGAAAAUAAGAUUUCCUCGCUGACCAUGUGUUUAACUAAGAAGACAACAAAGAGUUACUUUUCCCUUUAGCUUUGGGCAACUUGACUAUUACCAUUAGCUUAACUUCUAGUGCCUCAAAAGAAAAACAUCCAACUUCCUGUGGUCUAAGACAUACCUGACCUGACACAGGCCCGGAGCGAGGCUCUCUCGGGUAGAAGUAAUGAGGUAAAAAUUUCUCCCCCGUAAGGUUAUUUAAAAUCAGACGAAGACAGCUGGAAACAUAUCUCAGGCUGGGGAAAAACAGCAGUUAAGAGGAGGAGGAGGGGAUGAGAGAGAGAGAGACAGAGAGGGGCAGUCUUGAACUUGCAUGGAACCACGAGGUUUCACGUUGCUCAGAGAAAUCCACGGACUCUGCUUACAGUUCUUAUGUGUGAUAAACAGCAAACAUCUAAUUAAAUGGACAAACAAAUGCUACUGGCUUUACCAUUUGUGACUAUCCUAAAAGAAAGGUGUAUACUCCUGUUCUUUUUCACAGAGUAGAUGUGAAACUUCAGUGGGCCUUGCACAACAUAUAAGCUACAGAAGUGACGAACUGUAGUAUCAUCUUAAAUGUGAAAAGGGAAAAAUCUUUGCCUAGUAUUUAGCCCACUUACACGUAGGCUAGCUUUAACUUAUUGCUAAAUGCUUCUUAAUUUCCAAAUGAGGAGAUUGUGUCUUUGCCAAUAGCUGAAAACUUACACUUUGAAGAGCAGUUCAGCUAUUUAAAGCAUGCUGAAAUGUGAUUUCAUUCUCAUGUCUCAAGAGGUUUAUUUUUUUAAAGAACUCUGUGGCCCACUAAUGUGAUGUGGUAUCAGUUUGUCCAGAAAGUGUGUUUUUCUUGCUGCCAUUUCAGUUGUUCCUCUCAUAAACCCGUGUGUGAGUAAAUACCCACUCUGUUUUUCCUUAACUAUUAAACUUGAUAGGCUAACUUCAGUACAAGAACUUACUGCUGCAGAGAAACAUUGCAGUCAUAUUGUCCAGUCUGCUUUCUUUCAAAUGUGUUCUCUUAUGAGUGAUCUACCUCCUUGUCUCCUUGUCCCUCCAAGGUAAAUUUGUAAAGGGCACUGAUCUCUAAUAACUCUCUGACAUUAUUAGGAAAAGAGACACGAGGAAAUCAGGAGCUUUUAUUGGGGAAAAACUGGAAGAGCAAUACAGACUGAGCUCUGUUCUUAAACAGUGAGGACUAACAAAUCCUGGUGAAGAUCUCUGAGCAGAACCACCUUUUUUUUUUCAAUUCUCCUCUGCUUUAAAGGAAAACAAGGCAGAUAGCAACCAUCCUUGCUAUUAUGGCUUGAUUUUCUAAAAGUAGUUUCUUCCUAAGUUACAAAACCCAACUGCAUUUAUUUUGUACAAGUCUUAGCAUGAACAGCUUGGGUCCCAGAGAGAGGACUUGAGACUGCUACAGCAAUUAAUUUGACCUAUUAGCUGAGUCAUACAAACCAAAUUUUAGGUUGAGAUGGUGAAACUUACCCAAAAUAAGUGGACUUAAUACAGUGAGGCAAACUUUUAUGUGUAGCUUGAAGCUUACCAAAUCACUUUGGCUGAAAAACAAGAGUGUCAUGCAGAGAGAGAUCUGUUCCUUGGAAAAAUGAUCAGUGCAGGCUCUGAAAGUAGAAAUUCUCUGUCAUUAGCUUUCCUCAGGAAGACUGAAUCUUUUAAAAGCAUCAAUAAACCAUCCCACUGCA